GUUCAGCGUUCGCGCACACAAACAGUCAGUCUGUCGGAUCGCGUUUGCAUCAUUCGUGCGUCGUGCGUUUUUCGUGCCGAAUUUCGGAGUUUUCCGGGCGGAUUGCGUCGAUUGUAAGCGUGGGAGAGUGGUUCAAAAUAGACGGCGGUGGAAAAACAGAAUAAUUUUUCUCCGACGAAACACAUAACAAACAAAAAACCCAAGUGACAGUUGCCAGAGUGAAGCGAAAAAAAUCAGUGGAAAAACAAAAGUGAAGUGAAUCGUGAAGAGGCGCGUUUGGGAAGUUUCACCCGGAAGAAUCUAGAAGCCGUCGUGUUCCGCGCUGAUCACACAUCCGCGCGGUUCCGAGAGUCACGCCGCCGUCGUCGUUGCGCUACUCUAGUGUCUCCUGGUGGUAUUGGUGCGGUCCGCCGCCGCGGGGGAACUUUGGCAAAGUAUUGGUGCAGGAAUGGCCCAGCAACAGCAGCAAGAACUGCAACCGCACCAGCCGCAGCUAACCAGGGACCAUAAUCGUGGAGUCGCCGGAGGAAUCGCUGGCCAUAGUGAAAAGCGCAAACAUCGCGCGUUAGAGUGUGAGAGUGAUGAGGACGACUUUGCUGGCUUCGACGAGGACGCCACGGCCAGCGGCAGCGAAAACGGAGUGCUAAAUUCGCCCCGCUCAAUCACCUCCCUUUCCGGUGCAAGUUUGAAGAAAGCUCGAGAAAGCCAACUCGGGGGCGGAACACUUCCGGAAGACGGCAUCGGGGGCGAAUCCCCCCUCGGAGCAGGCAAACAGGACGAUAUGGAGUCGCUGUUGGCUGCCGGCGGCGGGGCAGCUGGGGCGGGAGGAAUGUACGCGGACCCAACCAGCAAGAUGGCCAUGUUGGCGGCCAAGCAGCAGCGCAAGCCAAUCGCACCGGUCAAUCCGAACGACGAGGCGUUCAAGGUGCCGUUCACGUUUGGCUGGAAGAGAGAACUGGUUUACCGCGCCCACAUGGACGGUAACAGCAAGGACAAGGGCGAAGUGUACUACAUUACCCCGGCGGGUAAGAAGCUACGCACCCGGAAUGACAUCGUGAUGGCCCUGCACGACGGCCUCACGAUGGACAAUUUUACCUUCAUCAAGGAUCCGGUCGGUGGCUCACCGGACGAGGAAAUUAUCAGGAGUGCUAAGACGUACGGCAGUACGCCACGACGUUCGAUGAGUUCGUCCACGGCUGCAGCAGCAGCAGCAGCGGUUGUGGUCGAACCACCGGUGGAAAUCGGCAAGCGCGUUCCGAAGCCCAAAAUGCCCAAGGGAGCAAGCCCGCCACCGUUCGGGCGUGCCUCCCUGGGUCAGCAACGUACUCCACCUUCGUCGCGAUCCAACUCGCAAACGUCCCCCAAGUCUGGAGCCACCGCGCAGGUUGCCUCGCGAGCUUCUCUUGGGUUGGGCGGUUCCGCCGUGGGGCUGAAGCCGAACGAAAAUUCGUUUGGUGGUGGCGCGCUUAAAUCUGCCAAGCUGAAGAACAAGGUGCAAACGUGCUCGAUCCAGUGUCUCCCGGCGAUGGGGAUGAUUCCGCAGCUGCAGUGCAUUUCCUGCGCCUGCAUGUACCACCCGGAGUGUGUGGAAGCGACGACGGCGGAAAUACUGGCCCGCCGGUUCACGUGCAAGAUCUGCCUGGAGGAGGAAUCCGCAAUGGCGUCGGAAUUCGAUGGCAAAUCAUCGACGAGCCUGGCCAACAGCAUUCUGCCGCUGGCCCCACAAUCGCUAAACAAUGGCAACAUGUCGGCUUCGGUGGCCACCGCCGGUGACAAACAGAAAAAACCAACGCCGCCCCAGCAGCCACCAAGAACCGGUCCGGGAACGGCAAAAACCGCCGGAAAGGAACCUCCCAUGCAGGACGUGAUCGUCGUCGGGAACCAUCAGUUUAUCGUCGUUCCGAAGGGCAAACCGGCUGCGGCCAAGCCCAACAAGAAGCAGGCCAAGACGUCACAGCCACCUCCGCAGCAGUCCCAACCGGUGGUGAACACGGCAGUAUCAGCAGCAGCAGCUCAACCGGAUCAUGCCCCUCUACCAACCGACGAGGUCCGGAAAUCCAACGCGUCCAAGUCGAUGAACAACAUUGGCCAAAGCAACAACCGGAACAGCAGCAGCAGCUUCAUUGCCGCCGAUCUGGCCGCAAUCCGGACGAAUGAUACGGGCGCGGCGGCACGGUCGUCCUCGCUGGCCGCUGGCCUCGAGCAGAACCGGCUGUUUGCGUCCAACUUCUUUUCGAACGUGUCGAUCGGGUACGACGUGCUGCAGCAGACGUUCCAAUAUCUGAAGGUGCAGGAGCUGUUGCGGGCAAGCUGCGUCUGUCGGAUGUGGAACCAGGUGGCGAACCAUCCGCGGUUGUGGCGCACGGUUCGGAUGAAGAACUCGCAUGUCAACGAUUGGGCCGGGUUGGCGAGGACGCUGCACAAGAACGGGACGAAACAUUUGGACCUGCGCAAGAUGCUGAUCUCGGGGAAUAGUGACGAAAUGUGGCAGAGCUUUGGGGAGAAUAUUGCGUACGCGGACCGGUUGGAGCGGAUCGAUUUGUGUCGGUGUUCGUCGACGGUGGUGGGAAGUUUGCUGCGGUCGAACCCGCAUCUGAAGGUGAUCAACGCGCUGGCUAUUAAGAAUGACCCGGUGGAUUUCUCCAACUUUGAGCACGGUCGGUCGUUGGAGGAGUUGCGGUUGAAGUCGUCGGCGCCCGUGUCGGUGGACGGAGAUUUGAGCCAGCUUGGGUACAUGACCAGCUUACGGCACCUCUCGUUGACAUCCAUCCUCAAGCUGGGCUCGACGUCGAUCGAAGCGCUGGGCGAGCUGGAAAAUCUCGAGUCGCUUGAGUUGGGCGAAUGUACGGAGAUUGGACAGAACUUGGCCGAUAUUCUGCCGAAUCUGACCAAGUUGCAGCGAUUGCGGCUAGAGAAGGGCCAGGAAGCGUUCAACAUGUUCACCGUGCUGGAAGGCAUCUCCAAAGUGCCGAGCUUAAGCCAACUCGAGCUGAUCAACUGUGACGUGAAGGUCGGCUUCGAUAAGCAUCUGCACCGGUGUACCAACAUCAAGAAAUUGCUCCUCAUCCCAACCUACGUCUCGCAAUCGGCCGCCACGAACCACAUGGUGCUGAGUGGGGUGGCCAAGCUGAAAGACACGCUGGAAUCGUUCAUCUGGACCGUGACGGUCGAGCUGCUGCGCGUGACCGAACUCUACAUCGACCAAUGUGAUACCAAGAACCGGGACGACAAAAACAGCCCCGGUGAGAGCAUACCGAUCCUGAAGCCGGUGCCGGGCGUGGAGGAAAUCCCCCCCGCGAACAGUGCCAACCCGUCCGACACGCCCGCCCAGGUCGAAAUCGUACCGCUCGUCACCGUGACGAGUAUCCUCGACCGGUCCGUUCCGAACACAAAGGUGAAAAUCCUGAAAAUUCCCUUCGCCAGCACCUGGAAGCAAGGUAUGAUUGAUCUGCCCUAGACCGUCGACAUCCAGCCCCUCUGAGAGACAUCCCGAGAAUCAGAAUUUGCGUCGUUUUAAGAAAUGCUUAGCCGUGUAAGAACCUCUAGAUGUAAUUUAUUGCUCCUAUGUGUACGACAUAGUUUUACACUUACCUAGGCCAUAAGAUCGAUCCCAUUUCCAGCGAAGGCUAGCUUCGCUAAAUCCCCCGGAAGCGGUGAGUCGGGAGAAUGUACAUAACUUUGAGCAUUUUCAGUUUUCUUUUUAAGAAAAAGCACUCGUUUUCACACAAACUGGGGACAUUCACUUGGCUGUUAUUUUGUCGAAUGAGGCACAUUUUUUGUUCUCUGCGAUCGUGGUUGAGUUGAGAAAUUGCCCUUUUGUUUUAAGGGCGAGAAGAGACAGCUAAAUUUUACUAGUUUUGCAUUUUUCUUUGUUUGACGCGUUGCUGUGAAAAGAAUGCCGACAGCGAGGAAAUGUUCAUCCCAUACGUUAGGAUUAAACUUGGUUGCAUAACGAACGAAACUAAGAAUAAAACAAACACACAAGAUCAAAA